GCCUGACAUGCAGGACUUUGAGCUGCUUUGUUUUUGCAGUGAGUGUGCUUGUGAUCGUUUCAGGCGUGUUAAAUAUUAAGUGGUUUCACUUUCCAUUCCACAGAAGCGAAAGGAAAAGCCAGCCAGGGCUUGGAAACAUGGAGGGCAGCUCAGAGGAAACCACGCUCUGCAAGAACUGCAAGAAGGAGGUGUUGGCCUCGAAUUUCUCCCUCCAUGAGUCGCACUGUUGGCGCUUCCUGUCUGUCUGCCCGCUCUGUGAUGAGCCCGUGCCCAAGGACCAGCUGCAGGAGCAUCGCGACACAGAGCACUGCAAGGUUCGAUGCACGCAGUGCAAUAAAGAAAUGGAGAAAUGCAAACUGGAGAUACACCAGUCUGAGCAGUGUGCGGAGCGGCUGGUGAGCUGUGAGUUCUGUGAUCUGGAGCUGCCCCUCAGUAAGCUGCAGGAGCACGGGGACGCCUGCGGGAGCCGCACCCAGCGCUGCCCCGACUGCGACCGCUACGUGAUGCACCGUGAGCAGGAGAGACACAGCCGUGAGUGCAGGGGCAAGAGAGAGGGAGCAGAGGAGCAGCGAGAGGAGGAGGAGGAGGAGGAGAAGACAUACACCUUCUACAACCGCAGUUCCGCCUUCAAGUUUCCAUGUUGGUACUGCAUGAAGUCUUUCCCAGAAGAGGAGCUGAAUAAGCACCAGCUGGACUGCAGUCGGCCAUCCCGUCACAACGCAGGUUUCCGCCCCACGCCCUCCCCGCCCUUGCUGGGGGACCCCCGGCCUCACUUUGGGGUCCCGCGGUCCUCCCGAUCGCCCACAUUCCCUCUGUGGGGGCUGGAGAGUCCGGACAGGGAGGACCGGGAGACUGAGGAUGAGAUCAUGACCUGCUCAAACUGCCACCUCGCCCUGCCCUCGGACACACUGCGCUGGCACCAGAGUAAAUGCCUGCUUUACGAUGGUUUGAGGAACCCGGUAGAAAAAUGAAACUCGCAAAACUCCAGUGAAGUGUAAAUGGUGAGAAGAAUGAAAGGGAUAACUCCUACUCUCCAUAACCAACAAGCAGGCCAGUCACUAGAAUACCAGCGUAGGAACGCUGCUCCUGCACUGCAAAACCAAGCGCUGAAAGAAAAGCCGAUAGCAGUACGGAGCAGCACUUACUCAGCAGGAGCGAAUGCCAUUUAAAAAGCCACAUGGACACGAUGGCAGACUUCCUGCCAGGUAACACGGAGUUACAGUAAGCCAUCAGUGUCACCCGACUCAUGGCAAGCUCCUGACUUAAGUGCGUCUCCAUGCGUCAAGCCUGCCCUCAAACUUGAGACGUAAAUCUAGCAAAAUGUACCUAUAGUUUGAUUGGACCUCAGGAUGAUGCUCUGUGACACCUAAUCCCAGAGUGUUUAAUACAGUAGAAAAGAACACAUCAGAAUAGAGUAACUGCAUCCACCCUCAUUAACAACAACACAUCAGAAUAGAGUAACUGCAUCCACCCUCAUUAACAACACAUCAGAAUAGAGUAACUGCAUCCACCCUCAUUCACAACACAUCAGAAUAGAGUAACUGCAUCCCUCCUCAUUAACAACACAUCAGAAUAGAGUGACUGCAUCCACCCUCAUUAACAACACAUCAGAAUAGAGUAACUGCAUCCACCCUCAUUCACAACACAUCAGAAUAGAGUAACUGCAUCCACCCUCAUUCACAACACAUCCGAAUAGAGUAACUGCAUCCCUCCUCAUUCACAACACAUCAGAAUAGAGUAACUGCAUCCACCCUCAUUCACAACACAUCCGAAUAGAGUAACUGCAUCCCUCCUCAUUCACAACACAUCAGAAUAGAGUAACUGCAUCCACCCUCAUUCACAACACAUCAGAAUAGAGUAACUGCAUCCACCCUCAUUCACAACACAUCAGAAUAGAGUAACUGCAUCCACCCUCAUUCACAACACAUCAGAAUAGAGUAACUGCAUCCACCCUCAUUCACAACACAUCAGAAUAGAGUAACUGCAUCCACCCUCAUUCACAACACAUCAGAAUAGAGUAACUGCAUCCACCCUCAUUAACAACACAUCAGAAUAGAGUAACUGCAUCCACCCUCAUUAACAACACAUCAGAAUAGAGUAACUGCAUCCACCCUCAUUAACAACACAUCAGAAUAGAGUAACUGCAUCCCUCCUCAUUCACAACACAUCAGAAUAGAGUAACUGCAUCCACCCUCAUUAACAAAACAUCAGAAUAGAGUAACUGCAUCCAUCCUCAUUCACAACACAUCAGAAUAGAGUAACUGCAUCCACCCUCAUUCACAACACAUCAGAAUAGAGUAACUGCAUCCACCCUCAUUCACAACACAUCAGAAUAGAGUAACUGCAUCCACCCUCAUUAACAACACAUCAGAAUAGAGUAACUGCAUCCACCCUCAUUCACAAUGUUGCUUUAUCUUGUUUUGUUUUACAGGUCCAUCAAUAACAUCUCCAUGCCAAGAUUUCCAUUCAAUCUCUAUGCUGUGCAAAAGGUCUCUCACACCUGCCUUAAAAACAUUACGAACCAUUUAUGCAAUCUCUACAUGUUCUGUUCCAGGGUAGCCUGGCUGAAUAACUGAAUAACUGCAGUACCGAUUCGCAUUACAGAAUACUAGUUUACGAAGAAACGUCACGUUUACAUUGUGUGUUCUCCUAAUUCGGAAUCAGAAUGCUAUGUCAUUUAAGUAAUUUGAUACAUUCUAAAAAUAUUUUUUUUUUUCACAUAAACAAAAAUGUUAUCCUCGUUUUGGCUACAAACUGCUUCGUCCUAUUUUGAGGACAUCAAGAUAUUUUACAUUUUUAGGCUUCCGUUUCUUAUUUCACACUGAGGCGUCAUAAAAGCAUCUGAAGGGAUGUAUUUGCAAAAUUAACCACUACAUUUAGACUUAACUUUUGCGUUUAACAUAACUAGUGCAAGUUACCAUAACAAUAUAGUUAAAGAGAAAAUUAAAACGCCAGGUGGAUGCCAGACGCUUCACGUGUUAAGAACAGACUGAUCAUUAUAGUGCUUGCGUAAUAACUCUGCUCCUGCUGGUGUUUGCUGCUCCUGCUGUAUUAUCUAUUAAAUACAUGAAGGUACUCUCAAGGGUCAAACCGGGCUUCUGUGAAGGCUGGAAGACGGGCUUUAAAUGCGUGUUUAAGUGUGAUCAGUAUGGAUAGUCCGUGAGGUGCUGUAGUCAGUGUGUGAGGUGGUGUUACUGGCUUGGUAACCUCACUGUACUACAGCAUUAUAUACUAAUACCCCUGUCAGGUUUGAAUCUUGUAAUGCUAUUCAUAAAGUCCUAAUAGUCGUGUCUGUGCCGCCACACACCGUAACAAUAAACCAGCCUGUUUCCAAGCCUC